GUUUAAGUGUCCCCAUUGGUCUGGGUUAGUAGUACAGUUAACAUGGCUAGACAGGGGGGAGUAGGACUACUGGUGGUACUGUCCCUUCUUCUUGGGGGCUUCGUAGCAGCCCAGAAUGGGAUCAAACCGGGAACCUGUAGAAUUGUAUGUGACCCCUUCCAAGCCUGCACACAUGGCAUGGGUGCCAAUGGCUUGGUCAUUCCACUCUCUUCCUCUGGAGGGGGUGCACCAGGUCCAGCAGGGCCACCCGGUAAGGCAGGCCCUCCCGGCCUCCCAGGUCCCAAGGGCGAGGGCUCCAUAGCGCAGGAGGCUGUUGCCUUUUACGCAGCCCUGAAGGGAGACUUUGGGAAGGACGACGUGCUGAAGUUCACCAACGUCGUGACGAAUGUGGGCAGCCGUUACAACCCCUCCACUGGCACUUUCACCUGCCGCUCAAACGGAGUGUACCACUUCAGCUACCACAUAGUGAAGACUGGACUCAGCCUAAGGGCUGACCUAGUGGUAAAUGACAACAUGAUUGUGGCCAGUGCAGUGGCCGUAGAUGCUCUCCAUACAGACACAGCCAGUAACAGUGCAGUGCUGAGGCUGACAACUGGAGAUCGGGUCUACAUACGCCUGAACAAGAGCGACAGCACCCUCAAAGACACCCAGAACCUCUUCAGCACCUUCUCUGGCUACCUGCUCUACGAACUCUGAGGUGUGCACUGAAUAGUUUGCCACACUACCACAGGUUUCAUUACACACUCCACCAGAAACCCUAAACAUUUCAAAACCUGUCUCUGCAACCUUCAUUCACCACAGAUGCAUGGAGGCACAUGUGAGAAUAAUUUAUAUGUAUUAAGGUUUUCUGACAAUUCACAUCCAUGGUUAGGUCCGUCACUGUAUUGUGAGAUCUUUUCAUGUCUGUAUCGAACUGUCCUGUCCCUUGUAUGCAAUACACCCGGUGCCGUUUUACAAUCAGUCUAUGAGGUUCGCACUGAAUAAAAGAAUGCUCUGGUACCAAG